AUGCCUUCUUCGAACACAACAGCCUCCUCCUUUCCCUCAUCAUCGUUAUCUUCAAAGACUCGGAAUGAGCCACAGUGUGAUUGGGCCAGCAUGAGUAACAAUAACAAAGAGUCGGAAAAGUCCUUCAAUAAUAAUAAUUUGAGUACAAACUCCAAGAACAAGCAGAACAACAAGAAGAAGAUCAUUAGACCAUCCUGCUCCAAUUCUGAUAUUAACAAUGAUUCAACUUUUAUAAUUACGGAACCGUCAUCAUCAGGCGCUUCUACUUCUUCUUUGUUCCAUCAAUUCAAAGCCUAUCUCCAUAGAAGAAUCAUGUCCGAGACAAAAACUGUGCGAGCCUUUCAAGAAUUCUUUGGUGUGGUACAAGUGAAUCCUCUUCCUCCUCCUCCUUCUUCGAAUACUAAUAACAACAAGAAAAAGAACACAUCCCCACUCACAUCUUCCUCUUCCUUUUCCGAAGAAUCUCAACAUCAUGUAGGAUCAAAACCAACAUUCAAAUAUUCCAAAUUUUGGUAUUACUUGUUUUUAUUGAGCAGUGAAUUGGGUAAUGAAGGAAUGUUUGCUUCAUUUCUUCCAUUUAUAUUUUGGCAUAUUGAUCAACAUUUAAGUAUUCGUGUAAUGAUUGCAUGGGCACUUUCAUUCGGAAUAGGUCAAUAUCUUAAGGAUUUAUUUGAAUUACCUAGGCCUGAAUUAGAGUCAAGAUUGGAAUUUUGUUAUGAGAAUGAAUUUGGAUUUCCCUCCACUCAUGCCAGUGGUAGUACUGCACUUGCUAUUUCUUUCUUUGGCUAUUUCCUCAAAUAUUAUUCAUUUGAAAAUGCACCAUAUUUAAAAUAUGUAUUCAUUGUCGCCAUGAUUGCAUGGGUUGUAUUAUGUUGCAUGAGUAGAUUAUACUUGGGAGUUCACUCGCUUACGGAUAUCUAUGGAGGUUUGAUCAUUGGAUUAUUUGUGCUAUUCAUUUGUAACAAAUAUGUUUAUGUUUACUUGGAGCCUUAUUUCUUGAUGGACUUGGAUAUGAGCGGUGAUGUCACCAGCCCUGGAUCAUUCAUUACAAGUAAUAGAGCAUUCAUAACGCCUCUUUUUAUUGUUACAUUUACAGUGGGAGUAAUCAUCUUUUAUAGUACAUCAUUGAGAAAAGGCAAUCCGUGGAGAUCAUCCUAUGGAGACACAGCUCGAGUGUUUGGUGCAUUUUGUGGAGCACUUCUUGGUAUUUGGACGGUCAUUGCGUUGAAAAGACCAACAUAUGUGUGUGCACGUUUGUUGCAUGGUAUGGACCAUUCUUUACAAGAUCACAACGAACAGGGAUUCUUGCAAGUAUUGUUUUCAACUCCACCUUCUCUCAUGCAGUACGCCUCCUCUCCAACACACCAUUUAUUGUAUCCACAAGUGCGGCUUCUCGAAUUGAACCUUCAGGAUUGGUUUAGGAUUGCAUGGACCAGUGCUGUUGGGAUUGUUUGGCUCUUAUUGAAUAAGGAAAUUACCAGAAUAAUUGUUUUUCAAUUACUCAAGAGGUUUUAUCUUUCAAAAGAAGAAACUAAGGAUAAGACAAUGAAAGAGCUCUUGCACUCGCGCUAUGAUGUGGAGAUACCUGUGAUAUUGGCAGCCUAUACAAUGAUUGGAUAUACUGCUGCAUGUCUCAACACAAUUUUUGUGAUUGGAGUUCAGUAA